AUGAUCUAUUCCCUGGGGAGGAAACCUUUCCGAUUUAACCAGAUCAUCAGUGAACAAGACAUGCUUAUAUCCCCACGCAAUUCUCUCUCCUGCAGUAGAUGUGAAGCAUGCUACUGGUGCCUGAAGGACGUGGCCCUGAGGGUUCCCGAAGCCGUGAGGGCGGGGGACAGUCUCACACUGAGCUGCGACUUCAUCUUGGAACAGGAACAUCUGUACUCAGUCAAGUUUUACCAAGGCGACACCGAGUUCUACCGCUAUGUCCCUGAGGAGUCGCCGCCGACUCGCGUCUUUCCCAUCGAAGGAGUCAAUGUAGAUAUUUCAAGAUCCAACAGCAGUUCUGUGACCCUGAGUAACGUCCACAGAGAUAUGACAGGAUACUACAAGUGUGAGGUGUCUGCUGAUGCGCCUCUAUUCCACACUGGUAUCAAGACCUCUUUCGUCACUGUCACAGAGGAACCAUGGGCUCUUCCUGCUGUUACAACGGAAAAGUUCAAAUACAGCCUGGGAGAGAAAAUUCGAGCUAACUGUACCUCCCAAGGUGGAUACCCACCGGCCAACCUUACUUGGUACAUCAACGGCCAACAGGUAAAACACUCCCCGCUAGUGAAGGUACUGUACGAGACAAUGCGUGGUACGCGGCCUGAUGACUCAGACACAGCUGUGCUGAGGCUAGAAGUAGACUCGUCCCCCAAAGUGUUCUUGGAGGGGAGGUUGCGCCUGCGCUGUCUGGCCACUCAGUUCACUCUCUACCGGCGCAGUACAGAGCUGGACAUCGUGGAGGACACACCUCAACUAGCGCCAGUGUUGGGCCCUACAGCUCCUCAUCAGGAUUCGAACAGCGGAACCAGGACAAGCGACCUAAUGUGCAGCUUCGUGUUCCUAGUAGUGCUCAUGACGACCUGGAUCGCCUCAUCAGAUCCUACGCUCCUGAGGUAGCCUCACCACCCCAUCCAGGAUGUAUUGAGCUGUGACUAAGCCUACGUAUAUUAGGUUACAAAGUAUUGUUAAAAGAUACAAAAAUCAUUUGUAUAUAAAUAAACUGCUGAUUUGUAAAUCAAUAAUGUAGGUUGUAUGUGCCAAACUUAAGAAGACCCAUCCAAGCGGAACUGGCUAGACACACAAUUGUAGUCUAGGUAUACGAAUGUUGUACAUGUGCUUUAAUAGUACUCAUACCAUCCAAUCUACAAUCUAAGCUGUUUAUUUUAUAAUUUACCCUUGUUUAUGUUCUUUAGUUAGGGUAUUAAGAAGCAAUAAACAUGUCAUAAACAUUGAAGACUCUUGGAGCAAUCGGAAAUACUUAUAAAUACUAAUAUAUGUAAAAAAUACAAUACUUUUACAAAUUCUUGUUUCUGGAGUCGCCUGAUGAUGAAACCUUUGGUUUCAAAACGCCUCGUCCAAAAAAAUUUGGAAAAGUAUUGUAUUAUUUUCAUUUAGUAGUAUUUAUACGUCAUAAACACGUUCAUCGCUAUCAGUGGAAUUCAUUGAAGAAAGCAUAUAAAAUAUAAACCAAUACAACACAAGAUAACAGUUCGGGAGGUAAGAGCUAUAUUAAUGGUAUAAGCAAGUUAAAAGAGUCCUGCCUAAAGAAUAAAUUGAUUAAUAAAUAAAAAGUUGAAAACUAUUUCCCACAAUCUCUAUUAAUUUGGUAUGACUUUCUUAAUACCAAGAGACAAAACAAUAAUAGGCGUCAGAAAACGAGAUAAAAUGUAUCGUAUGGCUCACAAUUUGCAGUCGUUUAUAGAUUUAGUUUAUAGUGGAAAAAGCUAAAUCUCCUCUAUCGAUUUGAGAAAAUGUAUCUUUUAGUGUUAUUAAAAUAGAAAUUGUUCCGUAUAUAAUUAGUUCUAUAUAAUUUUAGGGUGAAACAAUUUCUUAAAUAUUUCUGCUUUCUUUCAUAUAUUUUUAGUAAACAGAACUCAUACUUACAAUUCAACUUAGUUUAUUUGUUUAAGUAACCAAUACUAAUUGAUAAUAAUUCAGAAGCCGACAGCAAAUUUUCAUUUUUAAAACCUACAUUCUGACUUCUCUUAAAGUUCCUGGAUGUGUUUUUUAACGGCAAGGGAAUAGUGACACUAAUUAUGAUGGAGAUCAAAAUUUGAGGGUAACAAAGGGUUAAAAAUAAUUCAAUAAUAAUUUUUCUUCGAAAUAUUUCUACCCCCGCGACACCAUUUGAUUGGUUUUCUAACUAUUAUAUAAAAUUAUUUAUGUUUGUGACGUUAGGUUUUAAUUGUAUAAGGCUAGGGGAAAUAUAUACUCUGAAACAGAAAAAUAUUUUAUCGCCCUUUCGAUACCUACUUGUGAUGUCCACGAAUUAUUAAUUGCUUCAGAAAAAAUCCUGUACUGAUUAAGAAUAUAGGCUCUGAGCUUUAACAAAUACAAUUUUCCAUCAGCUUCCUGACUGUUAAACUAUAAAGUGAUGGAGUUUGUUAUUAAUUUUAUAAAUGUGAAUAUUUCAAAUCGCAUUCCGUUGGAACAGCUGAAAUGUUUUACUUCAACUUUUUUCUUUAUUAUUCAUGAAAAAGUUAAGAAUAAUAUAAAACACAUAUUACCACACUUGCCCUGUAAAUUCAUUCGCUGAUAUGGAUUUUACUACAGAUGACAGUUUCAUCUGUGAGGAAAAGUAUACUUGUUAUUCGUUGUUAAGAAAACUACAAAACACGGUAAGGCAACGAAAUUUUGACAAUAUUAAUACUUUUAAUUCAUUAAAUACUUUAGCUGUGAUUACACUUAAUCAAAUUAGUUAUUUAAUUUAGUGAAGUAAGAUGUUACGUUUUAUUUAAACGCCAGUAAACGUUAAGCUACGCAAGGACAUAUAGCUGUUGAGUCCUUCUUCUGCGAGAGGUUCAUGCGAUAGUACUUAUAAUUAUUUAUAGGUCAUAAGUCAUUUGAUUAUUUAUAUAUACAUAUAGUAAGGGCGUCUCCCUUGCAGCUAAAUGUUGGCGUAGAAUUGUUAAUUAUAGUAGUAAAUGUUUAUAAAUUGUUAAUAAGAAUUAUAAUUGUAUAAAAUGGCUUUCAUAUUCCUUAAUAACUCCCAAAUUCCUGUAAAUGUAGAACUUUCAGAGUUACUUUCUGUUUAUGUAAUCCUUAAAAUUUAAAAAAUAGAUUAAUCCCGUGUUGUGUAACCUUUUUUAUACUAGUGUAUAGUUCCACCUUCCAAUAUUCUUUUUGAGAAUUAUUAUGAAGCAUUCACCUAGGGAGUGUAUUUAAAGGUAGAAUUUAGUUUAUAAUUUAAUCUUAGACAGUUAUUUUAAUAUUUAUUUUAUGUUUUCAAACUUGUACAAAUAAAUUAAACAUUUUGUCUGAGUUCUACAUUUACCGGAUGGUUUGUAUAGAUUACUCGUUUAAAGUAUUCCCUGGCAACAACCGCCAUGUAUAUAAGAGGAAGAGUGUAGUCUAAGGUCAGGUCCAUUGUUUGUAAGCUGCAAUUUCGUUCCGUAGGGCCACUUUUUUGUAAACCUUACCAUAAUUGUAAUAAAUAUACCAUUUUCUCCAAA